UGCUUUCCCAAACCCUUCAUUGUGCUUCACCAAUAACAAAGAACCCAAAGGCUAUAUACCAUUAUCAGAUUGUUUUCGUUAUCUAGAACCUGAACCAGUUCCAUUUCACACAAGAAAGCUUCCUCUUUUUAUGAAUUGUUAAAAGUUCCAAACUUUUGUUUCUUUGCGACUCGUUUGAAGUUAAACCCAGAUAGCAUUUGCUAUCUAACUGAACCCAAAUUUGCUACUUAAUGUGAUUCUCGAUUUGUUUCUUCAAAGCUGCAUGAGUUUAGAACAAGUCAAAAGUGAUUAUCGGUGCUUCAAAUUCUGGAGUGAUAAGAAGUUAAAUAAGCAACAGCCAUGGCAAUGGUGGCGGUCACAAACUCUCGGCUCUCUUUCAAUUUGUUUAACUUCUCUGUUUCCAGAAGAGAAGCCUUUAUAUCGAAACAAGUUGCUUGUGGAAUUCGCCAUCGCUUCUUUUCUAGCCGAUGGUUGAAUCUCAGCUCCCCUUCCACUACUAAUAGUCAUAGUUUUGACAGCUUCAAAUCGAGAUGUUCAAUAAUAAAUACUGAUGUACACUUCAACCAUGUGAUUGCCGAGGAUGAGGGUUUACAUUCAAAAAGUAGUGAUUGUUCUUGUACAAUUACAACUCCAAUAGUUCAGCUUAAAUCUGAUGUUCUUCAGACUGAAUCUUUGAACAUACUGACAGGGGAUACUUAUGUAGAUAGUCUCUUGACAACAAUCCCAGUAUUAUCAGAGGAGGAACAGAAAGCUCUUGAUGGAACUCCAGCUCACCCAGAGGCAUUAUAUGCAUUUUAUGCAAGUUGCCUGGCUGGGAAUGUAGUGGAACAGCUUUGGAAUUUUGCUUGGCCUUCUGCUAUUGCGCUGCUUCAUCGGAGCCUUCUACCAGUGGCUGUCAUGGGAUUCUUCACUAAGCUUGUUAUCAUCAUUGGAGGCCCUUUGGUUGGCAAACUUAUGGAUCAUUCUCCAAGAGUACCUUCAUAUAUCCUUUUGAAUGUUGUUCAGGCUUCCACUCAGUUGUUGUCAGCGGCGAUGAUAAUUCAUGCUCAUACAGUUUCUUGUACUCCUGCCUCUUCUAUUCUUCUACGUCCUUGGUUUGCUGUGCUAGUGUUAGCAGGAGCUAUUGAGAGGCUAUCUGGAGUGGCACUGGGGGUUGCCAUGGAGCGUGACUGGGUUGUGCUGUUAGCUGGGAUAAAUAGACCGAUUGCACUGGCUCAAGCAAAUGCUGUUCUCAAUCGAAUUGACCUGCUCUGUGAGAUAGCUGGCACUUCAUUAUUUGGAAUUCUUCUCUCCAAAUAUGAUCCAGUGAAGUGCUUAAAGUUUGCUGCUGGGCUGAUGAUGUGGUCAUUGCCUGUUAUGAUUGCUCUGACAUGGUUAACGAACAAACUUUCUACUGGAGUCCUUGACCGUGCUAAGUGUUCACAAUCCUGUUGCAUGUCGUCUGACGAGGGGCCGCUUCCAGAUUCUGAUAACUUUGUUAAUACAGGUUUGGAAGCUAUCAAGCAUGGAUGGAGAGAAUACAUACAACAGCCAGUCCUUCCGGCAAGCCUAGCUUUUGUGCUCCUCUACUUCAAUGUUGUUCUUACUCCGGGAAGUUUAAUGACGGCAUUUUUAACUCAGCGUGGUCUAAAUCCAUCUAUUAUCGGGGGAUUUAGUGGAUUAUGUGCUUUUAUGGGUGUUGCAGCAACCUUCAUAUCUGCAACUUUGGUCAGGAGAUUCGGCAUUUUAAAGGCCGGAGCAGUUGGAUUGAUUUUUCAGGCUUCACUUCUCACCAUAGCUGUAGCUGUUUACCAGAGUGGAUCUCUUGCCCACAGGAGUCCCCUUCUUGUUUUCUUGUGUUUGAUUGUAUUAUCGAGGUUAGGGCAUAUGUCGUAUGAUAUUGUUGUGGCCCAGAUACUGCAGACUGGAAUCCCAUCAUCCAAAGCAAAUCUUAUUGGAACAACAGAGAUUUCUGUUGCAAGUUUAGCCGAGUCACUGAUGUUGGGGGUUGCGAUAAUCGCAAGUGAUGUUUCACAUUUUGGUUUUCUAGCAAUGCUGUCGUUGUUAUCAGUGGUUGGAGCUGCAUGGGUAUUCUGCAGAUGGUUAUUGAAUCCUACAGAGGAACAAAGAAGACUUUUUCUCUUUUGAUCCACAAUUUUAGUUAUAAUGCUAGUGCAUAGAGUUUCCAUCGUGUGUGGGUAUUUUCCUCGGGUUUACAUAUCUAUUCAAUUGUCUCCU